GGGGGGUGGGAAACGGACCGGAAGUGACGAGAGCGAGUUCCGGUUGGCCGGACCCCAGCGGCGGGUGUGAGAGUCGGUCAGGAGCCGCUUCCAGGAUACUGAGAUCCGGAGAAGCCGGGGUCAGAGCGGCUCCUCAAGAGUUACUGAUCUAUGAAAUGGCAGAGAAUGGAAAAAAUUGUGACCAGAGACGUGUAGCAAUGAACAAGGAACAAUAUAAUGGAAACUUCACAGACCCUUCUUCAAUGAAUGAAAAGAAGAGGAGGGAUCGGGAAGAGAGGCAGAAUAUUGUCCUGUGGAGACAGCCACUCAUUACCUUGCAGUAUUUUUCUCUGGAAAUCCUAGUAAUCUUGAAGGAAUGGACCUCAAAAUUAUGGCAUCGUCAAAGCAUUGUGGUAUCUUUUUUAUUGCUGCUUGCUGUACUUAUAGCUACGUAUUGUGUUGAAGGAGCACAUCAACAGUAUGUGCAACGUAUAGAGAAACAAUUUCUCUUGUAUGCCUACUGGAUAGGCUUAGGAAUUUUGUCUUCUGUUGGGCUUGGAACAGGGCUGCACACCUUCCUCCUUUAUCUGGGUCCACAUAUAGCUUCAGUUACAUUAGCUGCUUAUGAAUGCAAUUCAGUUAAUUUCCCUGAACCACCUUAUCCUGAUCAAAUUAUUUGUCCAGAUGAAGAGAGCAUUGAAGGAACCAUUUCUUUGUGGAGCAUCAUCUCAAAAGUUAGGAUUGAGGCCUGCAUGUGGGGUAUCGGUACAGCAAUUGGAGAGUUGCCUCCAUAUUUCAUGGCCAGGGCAGCUCGCCUCUCAGGUGCUGAACCAGAUGAUGAAGAAUAUCAGGAAUUCGAGGAAAUGCUGGAACAUGCAGAGACUGCACAAGACUUUGCUUCCCGGGCUAAACUGGCAGUUCAAAACCUAGUACAGAAGGUUGGAUUUUUUGGAAUUUUGGCCUGUGCUUCAAUUCCAAAUCCUCUAUUUGACCUGGCUGGAAUAACAUGUGGACAUUUUCUUGUACCUUUUUGGACUUUCUUUGGUGCAACUCUGAUUGGAAAAGCAAUAAUUAAAAUGCAUAUCCAGAAAAUCUUCGUUAUAAUAACAUUCAGCAAACACAUAGUGGAGCAGAUGGUGGCUUUCAUCGGUGCUGUCCCCGGCAUAGGCCCAUCUCUGCAGAAGCCAUUUCAGGAAUAUCUGGAGGCCCAGCGGCAGAAGCUUCACCACAGAAGUGAGAUGGGCACACCGCAGGGAGAAAACUGGUUGUCCUGGAUGUUUGAGAAGUUGGUCGUUGUAAUGGUGUGUUACUUCAUCCUGUCCAUCAUUAACUCCAUGGCACAAAGUUAUGCCAAACGAAUCCAGCAGCGGUUGAACUCAGAGGAGAAAACCAAAUAAGCAGCAAAAGGUUCUAAUGGCAGAAAUUAGAAACGAGUUCUGCCUUAAAUUGGGAGGACUCCAAACCAGGAAGGAAAAUACCCUUUUCCACCCUGUAUCAAUUUAAAAAAAAAAAAUGUUUUGUUUUGUUUUGUUUUCUGAAAACAGUUUAGUCCAUAUUUUGCACUGACACACUUUUCCUUUGUGUGUUAAGGUAAGGUAUCCACCCUCAAUUCAAUCCAGCUUGUGUUUUAUUCAGGUGGAAUGUGAUGUUCAGCAGCGAACUUAACAGAAACCGGGCUUUUCUUUGUUACUUUCAGAAGGCCCACGUGGUACAAUUAAAGAAUUCCGGACACCAAAAACUAGUUCCUAAGUAUGUUGAGUAUGUCAAGCCUUUUAGGCUUGUCAGAAAUGACUCCUUUGUUUUUCUAAGUCAUUAAAGUGUGUAUAAAUUAUACUAGAUUGGAUAACGGUCUUGCAUGUCUAUCAUGGUAAAAUUUAUUUAAUCCUGCCCAACCCUUCCUCUCCUACCUUAAAAAAAAGGCCAUCUUUUGAUGCAUUGCACACCCUCUUGGGAAACUGAUCUUUAAAUUUUGAGACAGUAUAAGAAAAUUCUGAUUGGUGUCUCACGAAUGAGCUGACACCAUUUUUUAUUCUGUAUAUUUAGAAUGAAGUCAUGAACAAACUUUAUAAAGACAUCUUUGAUCAUUCCAAAAUUGUGUCCGUUUUCUUGAGCGUUUUGAUUUUUUGCUUCCCUUUAGCUACUUCCAACUAAUGGUCGACUUUGCCAGAUCUACCUACAACCAUAAUUUCUUCAACCGUUGUUUAUUUACGUGUAGGAGCCACCACCGAGGCACUUUCUUGUUAACCUGGAAUUGGGGCAGCUUGCUACACAUUGAUGAAAUGGCUCCCUAGGGAUUGACAUAGCGAGGGGUUCGUGAAAACAGGAGAAAUGAAAGUAUACAAAUUAAAGGGCACUGGAGAGAGAAAUAACUCAUUUUUUCAAAAAACCACACUUUCUCCUGUCUGUGUUCGUUUUAGCUCAGCAUGUUCUCUGUUUCUGACAAAAAUUUACUUUUAGAAUGUAACCUAAUUUUCUUUCCUUUCUUCAGUGAGUGUUAUGUUCUUUUGGGAUGUUUCCAGUUGAACUUGGUUGUUUCGUUUUGCCUGGGAGGAAAAUAAACAAUUUCACUUUUUUUCUUUAGGAAAAUCUUUUCUGACAUUAUGUUAAAAGUAGAAUCGGGUUUAAAUCGCAACAGGCCAGAAAUGCCUGAUUGUUUUUAUCAAAUCCUGCCUGAAUGUCUACUUAGUUUGCCUACCGUCGUGACAUCUCCAUGGCUGUACCACCUUGUCGGGUAGCUUAUCAGACUGAUGUUGACUGUUGAAUCUCAUGGCAACAGCAGUCGAUGGGCUGUCUGACAUUCUGGUAUCUCUCAUCUGACCAUCCAUAUCAAAUAUUCCCAUUUAAACAUGACCUAGCCUCAUGGUUUAUGACAAAAAAAACUCUUGUCCUUAAGUCUAGUGGCACUUUGAAUCUUUUAUGCCAUGAUAUUGCAGCAGUAUCGAGAAGAUUUUAUGGAAAAUUGGGAUGGUCUCCAUGACCACAGCUAAAUAAAAGACAACCAACCUGCCUUGUGGGUUUUGAAAAGGUUAUUAUUCUUAACAAUCUUUUUUUUUUCUGCCCAGGGACCUUGUGGUAAUGUGAUUGUUCCUUUAUUUGCAAAGCGGUACCCAGGUUUUAUGUUAAAUAGAUUCACAUUAACCAACAAAUUUUUUUAGAUUUUUUAGGGUUAGCAUAAACUUCUAAGUCAGCUUCCAAUUGUGUGUCAUCUCUUUCACCUGCAUUUUAUUUGGUGUUUGAAGAAAGGAAAGAGGAAACCCCGUAUGAAUUAUACUAUAUGUGCUAAAUCUUCCAGGUUUAUUGGUAAACUUAUUUCAGGGUACAGUGUUUAGAAAAAAAGAAACAUUUCUUAGACUGAGGAGCUAAGUAAUACAUUUGACUUACUAUGAUAAUGGUUUGUUCACUCUUUCAAAUGAAUUUGCCAUGAAAACAAACGAAAAACAGCUGUCCCCCUUUCCUCCACAAAGCGUUCAGGUGGGACAUGCUCAGAUGAUCCUGCUGGAUUUCCAGCUGGCACAGAACGUUACCCUUCUGUUCCAGUGAUUCGUUUGUCCCUUUCUUGUAUCCACCAAAGUGAACACAAACAACUACAUGAUCCCCAAAGCAAACCUAGUUGAUUCCAGUGGUGGGAGACCAGAAAAUUUGUGAGUGGGUGGUUUGAUAUUACUGCAAAUUUAAAAAAAGCAGGGGUGGGGGUGCCUGGGAAUUCUAAUUCCAUCUAAUUUAAGUGUCAUUUUGUGCCUUACAUUUCUGUGGUACUUUAUCUUGUCUCUCAACUCCAUGACUGUCAAAAUAAUACAGUACGAUAUAAUGCAAUACAUCCUCAGUUUAUACACUUAUGUGCUGAGGAACACCUCCCUAAAAACAGUAAUGUGGGAAACGUGUAGUGUUUGACAGAAAGAGAGAUUUGGAUGAUGGCCACUCUCCUCAUCUUCUAAAAAUCAGAAAAAGGUACGGCUGGAGUGCAGUUUCUGAAAUACACUAGUUCAGCAGAUGCAGUAAGUAGGAAGUGCUCCCUCUGAACAACCUCUGCCUGUGUUUCCACUGUGCUCUCUGCUGGCUGUAGCUGUAGUAGGACUGCCGUGAGGCUGGUCUUCACUUUCACUACUCAGCAGUGAUUCUUUUGAGGACAAUUAAUGCAUUGAGCUAAUUAGAAUAGCGUGUUGUCCUCUUGUGCCCUGGGUGAAUUGUGUUUUGACUGACCCAUGUGUAAAGAGCUCAGAGGAGUUCCCAGCCUUUUACAGUCAAAAAGCCGUUCCAUAGAUUUUGAAACCCACUCGCCUCCAUGUGCAACGGUCUAUGUUACUGAUGGCUUAUCGUUCUGCCUCUAACAUGUGACUUUGAGAAAGUCUUAAACUUGGAGCCUAGAUUUCAUCUAUAGGAAUGGAAAUAGGUUGUUGUAAUGAUUAAAUUGGGUAAAAUGUAAAGUACUACCAUAA